AUGCCUGAAGCGAUUCGCACCUCCUCCAUCGCCCUGAGCAUGGUGCUCGGAGCGGCCCUCUCCGUCUUCUUGGCAUAUCUCCUCUACACCAACUAUUUGGUCUGGCAUAGCUAUCUUCAGGUGGUGUUUUGGUCCUUUCUCAUGGCUCAAGCUCUCCGUCCCCUCAAACUGCGCAUCGUGAGCUUUUUGGCCGAACUGCGACAAGACGAUGUGGCUCCGUCCAAGAGGGAGCGCUUGCUCAUCAAAGUGCAAAGCAUGAGCACCGAGGCGAUGCAGACGGCGCGUGAAUCACACAACAUUGCCCGUAUCAUGGUGGCCCAAAGCUUUCUCCAGUUCUCUCUGCUCCUGGUGAUGAGCGCCAUCGUGCAUACCACAGGCUACGUGGGCCUGCUUUCCCUUCUCGGCAUUUUUGCCGCCAUUUGUAUGUGUCCUUGGCAGGUGUACAAGCAACUCACUUCUGCUGCAGUCGUGCUGAUGGGCUACCUGCUAGACGUGCAGCUGCUGCGUUUGCACCACUACAUGGGUCUGAGCGAUAAUGCUAUGGUGACACUGAUCCUGAACAUUGGUGUCUCUCUUCUUCUCGUCUUUGUCGUCGUCUUUCUCGGCGUUCAGAGCCUGUUGGAGGGUGCCGGAGCCAUCGAAGGCGCUUACAACUGGAUCCAGACCUACAUUGACGGUCUGUCCCUACUCUGGUUUUCUCCCCGAGCCAUCACGAUGACCCUUGGCUUCAGCCCACCCGAACCUCAUGUUCCCCUUCCCCUACCCUCUUCCCCCUUCAACUGCCCCCGAAUGCCACUGUGCCCAACAGCCAAGGAAGGCAAUCUGCACAAUGACUUGGCCUCCAUCUCCCAUUACAUCGAGCAAGGCUACGAACAGGUGGCAAUGCAGUUCAACGAAACAGAGUGGUGGCCCGCUGCUGCUCGCCUUGAAGCUGCCGUCCGCACCAAUACCAGCAUGACAGCAGCCGUCAUGGAUAGUCGUGACAUCUUGGCUGGACUCUACAACAACACCACCUGGUGGCCCCUCUUUGAUCGCAUUGUCACCAGCAGCGCCGCGCCUGCCACCGCCAGUGGCGGCACCAUGUCUUUGUGGAAGGACAUGUCCAUCCUGCAGGAAGCUGCCAUGACCGUCAUCAACGCCCUCCAGGACCCCGUGGGCUUGGGCUUGCAGUUUGCUUUGACAGCCAGCAACUUUCUCCUCAAAAUUGGUGCAUACAGCUCCCAGCUGGUGGCGUUCUUCAUCUUCUUCUAUGAGAUGACUUCGGCCGAGGAGGACCCACUCGAGAGCGUGGUGCGCGUCAUGCUCCCAGCUAGCCCACGCUCCCGCGACCGCAUCUUGGGACAAAUCCAAGCGGCCAUUGUGGCCUCGUUUCAAAUCCCCCUGGCCAUGGCAUCCGUCCAUGCCAUGAUCACGCUAACCAGCUAUAGCCUCUUGGGCAUCCCUUUCACUUACUUUGCCACCUUCUUGAGCUUUUUCCUCUCCUUAACGUACAUUGUCAACCCACUGGCUGUGCCGGCAAUCUGGGCGUGUGCCAUCGGCGUACCGCCACUCAUCACGGGCACCAAUUACUUUGCGCUCCUGCGUGGCUUGUUGCUCCUGGCUGCACACAUCCUGGCCUAUUCCUUCAUGGAUGCGCGCGUUUUUCAGCUCGAGGAAGCCCGGGGAUUAACACAUAACCCUGGGCUGACCAUCUUCGCCGUCGUGCUUGGCUACUAUGCCUUUGGCACCCAAGGGCUCAUCGUCGGGCCCCUGGCAUUCUACCUGCUCACCGUCAUCUACAACCUGCGCUUGCAAGUUAGCCACGAACAGGAUCGCCGCAACAGCAGCCGCCGCAACAGCAGCAGCAGUGGCCAACCACAGAGUCAAAAACAAAGCCAAAGCAGUACGGCCACGCCGCUGCCCAAACCAUCUCAGUCCCGUGAUGUGCCGCCUCAUUUUACCAGUGACUCUGUGGAGACGCCUGCCAAUGGCCGUUCCAUGACCAACUCCCCUACAGUCUCAGCCCCCACCAUUCGUGUGCCUCCUGCCACGGUCAAAAUGGCAAGCUUUUAG